AUGGGUCGUUUCCUCGGAGAUCGCGUUAUCAAGGUCCUGACAGCCGAUCAUUCGGAGGAAACCGACGUUGUCAUGCCCAUCCUCGAAACCUCAAACACCAGUGCGCCAAUUGUCGCUGCACGACUGAAAAAGGCAUAUUGUCAGGGCUUUAUCGAGAACCGCUACGUAUUCCCUCACAAACGGGACGACGAUGCAAUAGCUUUGUAUAUUGGUGCGAAGAAGGUUAUCUUUCAAAAGUUGGAUGAUUUAAAGGAGGCCUGCGCGCAAGCUGUGCUCGCCGGCAUGACAGCACGAAAGAACCAAGAGAUCGAAGUGGGUGUCUUCAACGGAGAAACUGUCACUCCUGUUCCCAGGGGCUACUUCGAACACAUAGAGAAGGUACGAGGAGAGACGAGGAAGAUGAAGGUCAUGGAAAACGCCAGGGAAGCCGUAGCCAACGGAUCGGCAGGUAAAGAGGAGAUCCAGAUAGCUACCAAUGGCGUUGAGGUCAACGAUGACGGCAAAGUUGUCCCUGCAUCGGCGAGUACUACCAACGGAGCGCUGGCAAUCAGUGGGAAUGGAGUGCUGCAUACGCCUAAUGGCAAGAGGAAGCAUGAGAAAGAUGAAGAGGCACCGCCGAGGCACCAGAUGGAUAACGGACUACACAACCAAGGUGACUUCGAUUACGUGAAAACGUGA